GCGCGCUCGAGGACACCCGUUCUCGGCGAACAUACUAGCAGCACCCUUGCCAAAUAAUUACAAGGAUACCAACUUGGUGUUCGAUGGGACUUCUGAUCCGUCGAGACACGUGAGGACAUUUGAAAAUAUGGCUGUGUUGCACGGAUAUACUGAUCCCGUUAGUUGCAGGGCCUUUUUAUCGACCCUUAGGGGAGGGGCGCUCGACUGGUUCCAACAGCUCCCCCCAGGCUCGAUAGUGGACUUCGAGGAUUUUGCGGAGAAGUUGACAAAUCAAUAUUCGAGCGCGGUGGAUCAGGAUAAAACGUAUUUGACAUUGAUGGCGAUGAGACAAGGCGAGAAGGAGUCACUGCGUAAAUAUGUCGCUCAAUACAAUCAGGCUUGUUUGGAGAUUCCAUCGGCGGUCGACGAGGUCAAGGCGGGAGGAUUGAUAAGGAGUUUGCGGGCAGGAUCGUGUCGGACUUCUCUGGCUAAGACUCCUGCUCACACGUAUGAUGAGGUGUUGAGGAGGU